AUGGAUGAACAGAGGAGUCCCUGGACGGCCCCUUUCUAUGCCGUUCCAUCUCGCCAGCUCGUGAGCGUGGAGCAUCCUGCCAUUGUCCGCAAUGUCGACAAGGCCAUUGAAACCUUACAAGGCGACAUAGGAAUCAAAUCCAUACUUGAUCCGGACAAGGAAGAUCCACAGGCCAAUUUGGUGCUGCGGCCUGGAGAUGCCAUGGCUCGACCAGUGCAGUCCACACAUGUGCCAUCAAACAAUGUCCUGCUGAAAGUCACUGUGCCUAAACGGACAGGACGAAAGAGAAAGCUCGGUUCGGACGGUCCAUUUGAAGACGCACCGGAGUCUGGCGCCAAAGACCCACGGCGGCGCACUGCUAAGGAUCUCCUGCGCAGUCUGAGUGAUAACUCGGACAAAUAUCAGAUUGAGCCGGUGGGAGGUAUAGAGCACACUCAUUUGUUCCGAGGAAUGCCUGAUUUCGUCUACUCCACGGCGGCGAGUUCGUUCACGAAUAGGUUCAAAGACCAGAUCCUUUCGUACGACUGUGAGCUACACCAAGUGCCGUACAUAAAAACCCAACUAACAAUACCCAGUCGACAAAAUGAAACAAUUCGACAUCGACAUGAGCAAAGGUGCCCUCAAAAACGCGGACAUUAUCCCACCACCCUCAUUCAGCCACGGCGACGUUCCAUUCCACUACAUAAAAUGACACAGUCCGGCGAACUGGAAACCUUCAACACCUCAACCGCCAACAAAGUCCUCACCCAUCUAGUCCCCUACGACAUCCCCACAGUCCCAGCCAAGCCAAGGGAAGAUCUAGCACCAAUCGAAUCCCUAGACACAAGCAUGAAAGAAACCAUCGCCACCAUCCAAUCCCUCUACGAAAAACACCCCGUCUGGACCCGCCGCGGCAUCCGCAACAACCUCCCCUCAGACGAGCAGCGCACAUGCCUCCGCUACGCCAUCCCAUACAUAGGCUACAUCUUCCGAUCCGGGCCCUGGCGCGACGCAAUCGUCAAACUAGGCGUCGACCCCCGCACCUCCCCAGACUACCGCCACUACCAAACCUUCAUGUUCCGCCUGUACUCCCGGGAAGCAGAGCUGGCGCGGGACGGUGCAGGCGGACGACGGCACAACCUCCCCCGACCCAGCGAGGUGCGUCUCGACAAAGACGAUUCCUCGGCCGUUUCGGAAGGCCACAUUUUCACGGGCAAGUUGCCUUUCUCGCCCGAUGGUCGGAUUUGGAUGGUCGGUGAUAUUCAGGAUCCGCAAUUGCGGGCUACGCUGUAUCCUGAGGAGCAGGGGGAGGAUUUCUUGCGCAAGGAGUGUGAUAUUCUUACGGAUGGCUGGUUCUCGAAUGGAACACUUGCGAAGGCGAAGACGGUUAUGAGGGCUAAGAUUGCGGUUUUGAUGGAGGGGCGGGAGCCGGUUGAUGAGGAUUAUGCGCUUAUUAUGAAGCUUCCGACUCAUGCGCACUCUGAGGAGGAUUUCCCUUCUUUCUCGGUUGAUAUUGAGACGAGUAGUAGCAAGGAGAUUGCGUUGGCUACGGAGGUUAGGUCGGUGAUUCGUGGAUCGCCGUUGUGGAGGACUUUGACGGCCGGUAAAGACAAGGAGAAGAAGGAGAAGGCCAAGAAAGAGAAGGAAAAAGAAAAGAAGAACAAGGGGAAGAAGAAGGACGAGGAGCAAGAGGUUGAAUUUGAUCAAAGCGAAGGCGAGGAAGAAGAGAUGGAACGUCGCGAAAUGAUUGCCGAGCAGGUGGCUGCUGCCGCCGCCGCGAGGGAUGCAGACGAGGCGAAUGGGGAGGGCGAAGGAGAUGGAGAGGAGAGCGACCGCAUGGACGAAGACGAAGAAGAGUAA